AUGGCGGCCGCGUUGCACAACUCGCAUCUUCACUCUCCCAACCCGUCCACAAGAUCCUACGACUCGUCAUCUACGUCAUCUGCGACGUCACCCAGACUCCUUGCACUGGUAUACAGCCAGCAGCAACAACAACAGAGCACGAGCACAGGUGCGAGGCUGACUGCAGUGACCCCGGGUCCACAGACAUCGACCGGCAGCAUGCUGCCCACGCCGUCGCCGUCGAUGCAGUUAGGCCUGAGGGAGGACCAGGGCCAUCAUAGCCACCAGGCCUACCCACAGCAGUCACCGUACCCGGCCUACGCCCACAUGGCAGGCACGUCAUCUCAGCCGCCACCACCGCAUCCAUACCACCACGCCAUCCAGCCCUACACGGCCGGCGGGUCGACCAUGCCAUCAGGCAGCGAGUCGGCCGUUAGCACGCCAAACCCCGGGUACAUGCCAUUGCCGCCCAGUAGCGGAGGAGGAGUAGGAGUAGGAGGUGGUGGUGGUAGUAGCAGUGGUAGCCUAGCAGGAGGAAUGGCCAUGUCACCGUCGAUGUCGCCUGCGUAUCAGCAGCACCACCACCACACACAGAGUCAAGUCAAGCGGGCAUACCGGCAGCGACGCAAAGACCCGAGCUGCGAUGCAUGCCGCGAGCGCAAGGUAAAAUGUGAUGCGACGGAGACCACGAGCUGCUCCGAAUGCGCCAACAGACAGGUCAAGUGCCAGUUCACCAAGGAGACGAACCGACGGAUGUCGUCGAUGAAGCAGAUGCAGGACCUGGAGCGGCAGAUGGACCGGAUGCGGCGGGAGAACAGCGAGCUGCGGCGUCUGCUGCACGACGGGGGAUCGGCGGUGAUGAGGGCUGAGAGCAUGUCGGUGAAGCCGGAGCAGCAGAGCGGAGGGUUGGCGGAUCGACAGUGCUCAGGGCCCAGCAGCACCGGGCUGCAGCUGCCGACGAUCGGAUCGAGCCCACGGCGACGACGACGACAACAGCAACAGCAACAGGCGAGCCUCAGCCAUGGAGGCCACCACGCUGGAAGCGGCUCGGAGAUGCCUCUGUCAAUGGCUGUGGAUCUCGGCCGGGUGAGACACAAGCUACAGAUGUUUGCCAAGGGCAUCUGGCAGCCACCAGCUCUGUUUCUGGCGACGACGACGACGACGACGGCGACGACGACGACGACAACAGCAACAGCGAUGCCCUUUCCACACUCUAACCUUCCCCCGCGACCGACAGCCGAGCCUCUGCUGCGGGCUUACUAUGACUUUGUGCAGCCGAUGUUGCCGAUCCUGCACUGGCCAACAUUCGUGCAGGAUGUCGAAGGGCUUUACCACUGCGAUCCGCGGUCACCAUCGUCAUAUCCGCCGCCGUCGCCAGCCUUUCUGGCGGUCCUCUUCGCUGUGCUGGCAGUCGGGUGUCUCUUCUGCGCGCGGCCGCACCCCGACGCGGGCUUUGGCGCAGCCGAUCUGGCCGAGGCAGCACGCGAGCUGCUGGACCCCUGGGGCGGCUGCACGGCGGUGCCAACGCUGGACGAUGCUCGUGCACGCCUGCUGCUGGCCGUCUUUCUCAACGAGAGCCACCUCAAGUCGGCGGCGUGGACGUGGCUCGGCAGUGCUGUUCGCGUGGGCCAGGACCUGGUUUUGCAUCUGGAGGGCAGCGAGGACGGCCAAACACAGGCGCAGGAGCAGCUGCAGCUGGCUGCUGAGAUACGCCGUCGUAUCUGGUGGUCCAUGUACAUUCUGGACCGCAGCCUGGCGAUCGAGCUGGGCCGACCGCCGCUGAUCGACGACGACGACUGUGACGUGGCACUGCCGACGGCCGUGGAUGAGCAGCUCCCGAUGUUGGCGGUGCUGCACGUUGUGCGGGCUUAUACGGCCUUGGGACGGAUGCUGCGAGCGGCUCCAGCGGCCGAUUCGGAGAGCCAGGACAGCCGGGACGGACGGGACACGCGCUUCUUUUCACCGCACGACGACCGGCCAGCCUCGUCCUCAUCCAUGGCGUCGACACCCUCUUCGCCGACGUCUCCUUACGCCGCGUCGUCGUCGUUCUCGGUGCCAUUUUUUGGCAUUUCGGCUGCCGACUUGGCCGUCUUCGAGCAGCACUUUGCCGCCUGUCUGCAAACGUUUCCGCGACCAGACUGUCGUGGCAACAGCGACGAGCCCCCCCUCUACCUCGCGACCCUGGCACCGGUGGCUUACGUGCUACAUGCACAGCUGCUGCUGCACCGUGCCAACCUGAUGCCGGCCUGCGCACAGUCUGUCCGCCGAGCCGCCGUGGAGCGGUGCACGCGAGUCGCCCUCGAGACGGCCUCUCUGGUGGGCAGUCAGGUUGAGGGCGGUCGAAAGGGCGCGACAGAAGCCGGACCGUGCACCAACCUGCUCGUGGCCCACCUCUUCCGCUGUGCCCUCUUUGCCAUGCUCGCCGGCCACAACGACACUGCCAGUCUGCUGGUUCGAGCGCUGGCCACUGCUGCCACGGCGCCUGCUGGCACCUGCCGCGACAGCCUGGCGACGCCCUGCGGUCGUUUUCUCAACUUCUUUGCGUCGUGCGUAGCUUUCAAGCGUGCCGAGUAUGGGGCGCGACCAUUUGGAAAUGCAGGCGGCAGUAACCCGGCCCAUCUGCUCCUCCUGGACGAGGAACUGCUGGUGUAUGCGAGCGCCGACCUGCAGGCGACACCUGAGGGCGCCUGGGUCUGGCAGGGCGAGACGGCCGGCACAACUGCUGCCUCGGCCACGACGACGACGACGACGUACACUCCCCUGCACGUCAGCAUGCGUGGUGGCCUCUCCGAGGACGAGAGGCGUGACUGGGGCGGCUGGGACAUCCUGGAGGGCCGGCUGCGGACUCUGGCAACACAGCCACUAUACAAGCCACAGCAGCACCAGCCGCAACACCAACAACAGCAACAACAACAGCCAUACCAUCAGCCACGACACCAGCCACGACACCAGCCACGACACCAGCCACUGCCAUCGCCAUCCUCGCUGUCGACACUGACGGCCUACUCCAGCCCGCCCUAUCACUACACCACCCAGACACAGGUGCCGCCGCGACCGUACGGUGGCGCGGGCCCGGUCAAGACAGAGCCACAGGACGAGAGUCCACGAGCGGUGAUGCUGCGUGGCGUCGGCAGCUUAGAGCCAUCCGCCGUGGCCUUGGCCCCAGCUCCGGUCCCGGUCACCGGGAAGACAGCCAGCCAGGAACGCAUCAGCAUCGCUAACAUCAUCUGA